UACUUGUACCCCUCCUCAGCCUCUCCUAUCCCUCUCCAUUCCAUCCCAAUUCCUCUUCACUGUCUUCUGAUACCGCUUUCUAUUCCUACCCACAUCUUCAAUCAACAUGCCUUCCGCCAUCCCAGAAGCCACUGAGCUCAAGGACCUCCUGUCCCUCAAGGGCAAGGUAGUCGUCGUCACCGGUGCCUCAGGCCCUACUGGUAUCGGAAUCGAGGCCGCCCGCGGCUGCGCUGAGUUCGGUGCCGAUCUCGCCAUUACCUACAACUCUCGCUCAGCUGGCGCCGAGAAGAACGCCGAGGAGCUCAGCCAGAAGUACGGUGUCAAGGUCAAGGCCUACAAGUGCCAGGUCGGCGACUACGCCAACGUCGAGAAGCUAGUCCAGGAUGUCAUCAAGGACUUUGGCAAGAUCGAUGUCUUCAUCGCCAACGCCGGCAAGACCGCCGACAACGGUAUCCUCGAUGCUUCCGUUGAGCAGUGGAACGAGGUCAUCCAGACCGAUCUGACUGGCUCCUACAACUGCGCCCGCGCUGUUGGUCUGCACUUCCGUGAGCGCAAGACCGGCUCGCUCAUCCUCACUGCCUCCAUGUCCGGCCACAUCGCCAACUACCCCCAGGAGCAGACCUCUUACAAUGUCGCAAAGGCUGGCUGCAUCCACAUGGCUCGCUCGCUCGCCAACGAAUGGAGGGACUUCGCCCGUGUCAACUCCAUCUCCCCCGGUUACAUUGACACUGGUCUUUCCGACUUCGUUCCCCAGGACAUCCAGAAGCUCUGGCACUCCAUGAUCCCCAUGGGCCGUGACGCCAAGGCCAAGGAGCUCAAGGGGGCUUUCCUCUACUUCGCGUCUGACGCCUCUUCCUACACCACUGGUGCCGAUCUCCUCAUUGACGGAGGCUACACCACCAGGUAAACGUCUCGCUACGAAUUAAUGUGUCAUGAUUUAUGUUUGGGAUAAGGAAAAGCUGAACGAGGUGGACCAUAUACCUGGACGCUAAAUUAAAUGUUAAAUAUUUCAACUUCCUCUCACAGC